AUGAGGGCCGCGUGCGAGCAAGGCGCGCCGUUCGACGGCGUGCUCGGCUUCUCCAACGGCGCGGCCGCGGCCGCCGUGCUCCUCUCGGAGCUUCACGGGGCGGGCGGGGUGCCGGCGCCGCGGUUCGCGAUCCUGUGCGCCGGGUUCCUGCCCCCCGCCCUCGUCGGGGCACCCCGCUUGCCCAUCGCGUCGCUGCACGUGGUCGGGAGGAACGACAAGCGGGUGCCCCUCGAGCAGGCUCGGCAGCUGCAGGGGUUGUUCGUGGAGCCCGAGGAGCUGCUCCACGAGCGCGAGCACCUCGUGCCGCAGCGCUCCCCCGAGACCGAGGCGGUGGCAUCCUGGCUGUCGGCGUGGUCCGCGUCGCAGCGCCCCGCCAGCCGAGGCCCAGGCUAA